AUGAACAAAAAUCAAAGAAAAUUGAACAAAAUAGCAAGUAUUUUCGGUCUUCAGCCAAAGCAGGUACCAAAGAAAAGCAACGCCCUUCCAGAAGACAAUGUUCCGGCUUUUUUUAAAGAAAAAGUAAAAUUUUAUGAUAAAUAUUCGGAUGACUUGAAAGGAUACAUUCAGCGAUGCUUUGUACAAUGCGAUAAUGAUGAUGAAAAGACUUAUGUAUCAAAUCAACUUGUGCAAAAAAUUGCUGAUGCAUCAAUUCGAGGAACUCUUCUUUCUCAUGACUGGCAAAAUGAAAAAACCAUUACUUCUAUUAAAUCUAAGGCUCAAAUUUCAUCUGGAUGGGCUCAUUUAGUUAAACCUACAGAAACUCUUGCAUUUAAAUCGUCAACAAUAUUAAAAUCAAACGAAGAUCAACAAGCAAAGGAAGGAAAGGAUAAUACACCAUUUAAAGCUUCAAUUUCUCCAGCUCAAAAAUUAUUAUCCGUUAAUAAAUUCGAAAUCUUAAAAGAUACCGAUGAUUCAGACAACAACACACAAGAGAAUGUUAAUCCUACAGUAAACAAAGCUAAGAAAUCUAAAAAAGAAAAAUUAUUAGAAAAACAAGCAAAGGCAGCACAAAACAAGCAAAAGAACAAGAACAAAUCACAGGAGGACGAAAUACAAGAAGUUAUUGAUGAAAUUCAACUUGAUAUCCAAGAAAUAUCAUCAAAGAAGAAAAAGAAAGACAAAAAGAAGAAUAAAAAGAAACAAGAAGAACAAAAAACAGAAAAUAAAUCCAAUAAAUCUAAUAAAUCACCGCUAAUUGAAAGUUUGCUGGAUAUGGACUUAAAGACGUUGUCAAAUAACAAAAUAUUCAAAGGUUUAGAGAAAAAGAACGAUAACAAAACAAAUACAAACUUAAUUUCUAACACACAGAAGUCGAAACCCCGAGAUGUUACUCAUUCUAUGUCAUUUGAAGAUCUUAUAGAGUAUAACAGAAUAGUUGGUACAAGCACAGCCCUCGAGAAGCCAUAUCUCCGUCUUACAGGCGAACCAGACCCAGAAAAUAUCCGACCACAUAAUAUCUUGGAGAAAUCACUUGAUUUCUGCCUUGAUAAAUUCCGUAGAACAGGUGACUAUCAGUAUAUUAGGGACCAAAUGCGCUCAAUCCGUCAGGAUUUAACAGUUCAACAUAUCGAAGACGAUUUUGCUGUUUUGGUAUAUGAAACAUCACUUAAAUUGGCCAUAGAAAACUUUGAUUGGGACAAUUUCAAUCAAUGCUUAACUCCUCUUGAACAAUUGUACAAUGAAGGGCUUGGAAAGACGGAGAAUAUUGCUGAGAUCGACGGCUACAAGAUUAUUUACUUGGUAAGGUUCCAGGACUCGUUCGAUUUAUACACUUUCAUCCCUCGUCUCAAUCUCGAAAUCCUAAAAAGUGACAGUGCCACUUUUGCUCUAAAAAUCUGGAGGGCGAUUUCAGGCGGUGACUAUGUUACAUAUUUCAGGCUUUAUAAGACAGCAACUCCCAUGAUGAAAAACGUUCUAACGACGUCUUUGCCGAGUGUAAGAUAUGAGGCGCUUUUGAAAGCGAAGAAAGGAUUUAGGAACAUGACACUGAACGACUAUAUGGAUAUUCUUUGCUUUGAGACGAUUGAUGAGACGAAAAAGUACUUGGACGAGAAAGAAGUCACUUAUAUUCAAAAAUAA